UGUGCCCCCACGACCUUGCUUUCUCACAGCACAGCAAACACAGAUCCCGCAACAAACUCAAUACCCUUACGACUAACUGCACCCAGCCGGGCGAUACCCCCACUACGACCACCCACUUCGAUGCCCGGCAAGUUCACCCAGGUCUUGCUCGACCAGGUCAAGAGGGCUUCCUUGCAACCACAGACUCCCGUGUCCCUCAAGCAGUUUGUCGAGUUUGGUCACCGGCCAUCGCCCGUCACAAUCUUACGGGGCAAUCAGUUCGUGCACCAUGAGUUACCCGUACGAUUAGCCCACCGUGUGGUCGAACUAGAAACGUUACCGCAUGGUCUUUCCGAUAUGCCCAGCAUAAGACGCGUCAAGGACUGGUACACCCAAAGUUUCGAGGACUUGGCCAACCUGCCUACACCAGACAAGUAUGGAGUGCCUCUGAAAGCACUUCAAGCGAUGAAAACUUCCGAUGGAGGAACACAGCAGAAAGGGCUCAAGUACUUCAACCCGAGUACGAAUGGAAAGGAUAUGCCAGAGCUUGAGGCAUGGAACGCGGACUUUAUAAAAUGCAUAGAAGCGAUAAAGCGGCGACAUGACCCAACUGUGAAAACCAUAGCCGAAGGUGUAUUGGAGUUGAAGCAACACUGGGCGCGUGCAAACUCACCGAUGGCCAAAAACACCUCCGGAUCUCCCCUCCCACUGCCCAUCGCCAUCCAAUCCUUCCUCGACCGUUUCUACAUGUCCCGAAUAGGCAUCCGCAUGCUCAUCGGACAAACCGUAACCCUCUACCGGUCCUCGAAAGAACGAAAAGAACAAGACGACUACGUAGGCAUCAUCUGCACGAAAACAAACCUCGGCAAGAUCGCCUGGGAAGCCGCACAGGAUGCCCGGACGAUAUGCCAGGACUACUACGGGUGCUGGGGCGGGCCUGAGAUCAAGCUGGUCGGAAAAACGGACGUUGAGUUUAUGUAUGUGCCCUCGCACCUGCACCACAUGCUGUUUGAGCUGUUGAAGAACUCGUUGAGGGCGGUGGUGGAGACGUAUGGCGUGGAUGCGGACUCGUGGCCGGAGAUCAAAAUUGUGGUGGCGGAGGGGAAGGAGGAUAUUACGAUUAAGAUUAGUGAUGAGGGUGGGGGCAUUCCGAGGAGUGGGAUGCCGCUGAUUUGGACGUAUAUGUAUACUACGGCGGAAAAUCCGCUGCUCGAUACGGACGGCGGAGGAGAUUUCAGAGCACCGUUAGCAGGAUACGGAUACGGCCUCCCCAUCACGCGGUUAUACGCCCGCUACUUUGGCGGAGACCUAAGACUGACCAGCAUGGAGGGCUACGGGACGGACGCAUACCUACAUCUCUCGCGUCUCAGCGACAGUGAAGAGCCUCUACAGUGAGACAUUACCUUAGAUGUCCCCUUUCCCACGACCGAGGUCCGUGGGUGAGGGUACGCUGGGACAAGUGUUUUUCUGCGCUUUGACCUCGCCCAUCCGUUCCUUUCUUGAUGUUUAUGCUCUUGGAUCCCCUUCUUGAUGCAUAUUUCCUGUACAUUUGCAUUGACAUAUACCAUAUCGCAAACCCCAGUCUGUGGUCUUUGAAAUUUGUUCAACGGGCUCUGGUUCUCUUGGCUCUCUUACGCUUGGUGGUCCGAAUCCUGUCUGCAACCUCCGUCAAAAAGUCAUCCUCAUCGC